AUGGAGGAGAAACAUGAUUCAUUCCAGGAGGUGGAUCCAGAUCAUAGUGAAGAUGAGUCGUCACCUGUAACUGGUCUGGAGACGGCUCUGGAGGAAUGUUGGGUUGCCCUCCAUCUUUUCCUGAACAACAGGUUUGCAGAUGCUUUGGCUGCUUUGAGACCUCGGAAGAGCCGCAGUAUGUACCAUGCAGUGGGCUACAGCAGCAUCUUGUUAAUGCAGGCGGCCAUGACCUUCGACCCAAAGGACAUGGAUGUUGCCAUGGAGGCACUCAGAGAAUCCCUGCACAUCUGCCAGAGGUUUCGGAGGAAAACUGGAAUAAUGGCCAGCUUGGCCAGCUUGUGGAAUGGACAAACAGUCGACAUGACAGAAGAGGAGAUGCAUGCGGAGCUGUGCUACGCUGAAGUGUUGAUGCAGAAAGCUGUCCUCACGUUCCUGGACGACAGCGUUGUCAGCUUCAUCAAAGGAGGGAUGGGAAUGAGAAACAGCUUUCAGAUUUACAAGAACUGCCAGGCCGUGGAAAACAGCCGAACAAGUGCAGAAAAACAGAAGAGUACACAUGUUCACUUCCAAGGAGGGGUCAACAUGGGCAUCGGAUCAUUUAACCUGAUCUUGUCCCUGCUUCCAUCCAACGUCCUCAGACUGAUGGAGUUUCUGGGCUUUUCUGGAGACAGGGAGCUUGGUUUGUCAGAGCUGAGGGAAGGAGCAACGAGCGACAGCCUCCGUUCCAUCCUCAGCACUCUGACUCUGCUCAUGUUUCAUCUCUACAUCACAGUGACGCUCGGUACUGGCGAUGUAAACCUCACUGAGGCUGAAGCUCUGCUAAAACCCUUUGCUGAGAACUUCCCUAAUGGAGCGCUCGUUCUUUUCUACACUGCACGAAUUGCUGUACUCAAAGGGGCUUUCACAUUUGCCCAGGAGAAGUUCCUGGAGUGCAUUGCAACGCAGAAAGAGUGGCGUCAGAUUCACCACCUGUGCUACUGGGAGCUGAUGUGGGCCUACUCCUUCGAACAAAACUGGAUGGAAGCGUAUCGAUACGCCAACCUGCUCUGCAAAGAGAACAAGUGGUCCCAGGCAACCUAUGUAUUUCAGAAAGCUGCCAUCUUGAGCAUGCUCCCAGAAGAAGAAGUUACUAAACUGGGGGAAAAUGUAGCGACACUAUUCAGGCAGGUGGAUGGUCUCAGAAUAAGACUCGCAGGAAAAUCUAUUCCAACAGAGAAGUUUGCUGCAAAGAAGGCCCAAAGGUUCUCCUCCCUGAACCCUGGGAAACUCAUCGUCCCGGCUCUGGAGAUGAUGUACGUGUGGAAUGGCUUCAAAGUAGUCGGCAAAAGGCCUGAGCUGACUGAGAACAUCUUGUCUACCCUGGAAAAAGCAGAGGAGCGCCUCCGAAAAGAUCCAUCUCCAUCAGAGUUCCACCUGGAUGAUCUGUGUGUCGUGCAGCUGCUGAAGGGCCUGUGUCUAACUCAGCUGGGACACUUGGUCCAAGCUGAGCUCUGUUUAAGAUACGUCAUCUCCAGUGACAAGAACAUUAAGCACGACACGUAUCUGGUGCCCUAUGCCAUGUAUGAGCUGGGCUUGUUGUACAGGCAGAAAGGAGACGUCCAAACAGCCAUCACAGUCAUUGAAAAUGCUAAGUUGAACUACAGAGACUACAGCAUGGAGUCGAGGCUACACUUCCGCAUCCAUGCAGCGCUCAACACCAUGGGCUCGUUUGAAGCCAAACUUCCUCCAUCGCGUACACCAGCUUGA